AUGGCAUGCGAACCGGACGAGGGUGGCUGUGCAAUGGAGUUACCGCCACCCGACGACCACAAUUUGAACCCCGCCAUGGAUGCUUUAGAGCUGCCGGCAGUGGGGCGUGUAUUUAGAACACUAAACGAGGGUAUCCAAUGCUACACCAACUACGCGCGGACCAUCGGGUUUGACGUUCGAUGUAGCUCCGUGAAGCAUGACCGAGACGAAGAAGUGUACUUGCGAUAUUUGGCUUUUUUAGGUAAUUGUGUUAAGGCCAACAUUGGUUCUUCAACGGGGCUGCGGUUUUGCAAGGAAGCCACCGGAUUGUAUGCAAAUGUCGGCGUAACGGACGUGGAAUUCCACAAUUUUAAGCGAGAUGUCCAAACGUACGUUAAUGUAGCUGAUGGGGAGAUGAUUAUCGCCACCUUCAAAGCCAAGCAAGAAAUGUGCAGUGAAUUUUUUUAUGAAUACCAUAUGGAUGAGGAAAACCGGCUAUCGCGUCUAUUCUGGGCUGAUCCCCUCAGUAGGCGGACAUUUUCUUGCUACGGCGAUAAUAUUUCCUUCGAUGCCGCCUACGAAACAAACAGGUACAGUAUGGUGUUUGUGCCGUUUACGGGUGUGGACAAUCACAAACGAUGCAUCACUUUUGGGGGCGGUUUGCUCACUAAGGAAGACGUUGACUCAUACAGCUGGCUGUUGGAGAAAUUUAUAGCUGCAAUGGGCAAGAGCCCAUUAUGUGUUGUGAUGGACCAAGACCCAGCAAUGCGAAUUGCUAUCCAACAAGUAUUGCCAAAUUGCCGCCAUCGCUACUGUAUGUGGCACAUUAUGACAAAGGUUUAUGAAAAGCUAGGCAAUGAGUUUCGCAAAAAACUAAACGCUAUCGUCUGGAACGAAAGAAUCUGCAUUGAUGAGUUUGAGGCGCAAUGGCACCUAUUAAUGGAUGAGUACAAGCUAACAAACCAUCGGUGGUUUAGCAAAAUAUUUGGUGAAAGGGAGAAUUGGAUCCCGGCUUACUUUUUUGAUUUGCCCAUGAGUGGGCUGCUAAGAACCACAUCGCGGUCAGAAGCAGAAAACGGUGUAUACGGUAAAUUCACACGCCCCCAUUCCAGUUUGGUAGAGUUCUACAUGCAAUUCGAGAGCGCGCUGGGAACGCAGCGCUAUCGACAAGAUAAAUUAAACACAGAGUGCGAGGGUUACCUGCCUGAGUUUAAAACGCCAUUAGCACUCGAGCGUAAUAUUGCACGAGAAUUCACGAUCACUAUUUUUUAUGAGCUACAGAAAGAAAUAGAAGCAGCUUGUUUUUAUUGUUCUGUGAUCGGUGUACGCCAAGACGGGGAUAACACCCAUUACGACAUUGCAAAUGAGGGCAACAUUAUUGCGACCGUGCACUACAAGGUUGGUGGUCUUGGAGCAUCAUGCAGCUGCAUCUUGUUCCGAAGAAUGGGCUUGGUCUGUCGGCAUAUGUUUGUGGUUUUUCGGGGUGCAUAG